AUGACUACCAUACUCACAAAUGAAGCAAAACUACGCUAUGUAAUAGAAUGGUUUCAAGAAUGGUCUGAAAUGCAAAGAAAUGACUUUCUGGAUAUACUUAUCGAAGAAUGUGGACCUGUGGGUCUUGUUCAUAGAUUGAUAUCUAAGAUGGAAAAUUUAGGAAAUGACGAGGACUUUGAAUAUGACAGACCAACUCUGUUUCGAUGUCGUGUAAAACUUUUUCGAGAAUGGAGUUAUAAUUGGUCUCGGCAGGAAAAAGAUUUUUUGCUUUUAUCAAUCAAAAGCGCUGAUGCUGCAUUUGCACAAAAAUAUGAUGAAAAGCUAUUAACAUUAAUACAUGAUGAACAUGAAAAAGAAUAUGGCAGGAUGGAAACAUAA